GCGCGCCGCCGCUGGACUGCCUACAUAUCUACUCGAGAGCGCGCAGGAGCCUGACACACACACACUCUCAUUAGUACACACUCGAGGAGGUGUGUUUUAGUGUUUGAGCGUUGCAUUGAGCAGGUUCCCGUUCGGAUGAGGAGCGAUUCGAGCGGAAUAAGCGGCGUCGGUCUUUGAUGAGGAUGAUGAUGAUGAAGAGCGCGAGAGACCUGUGAUCACGUUUCAGCAUCAGUCUCUGAGAUGUCUGUGGUGGUUGACCGUGAGAGCGAUCAGCAUCAGGGACACGACACGAGGAGGAACAGCAGGGUUCAGCUCCAGCAGCACUAUGACCGAUGGAGAUUACGACUAUCUGAUCAAACUCCUGGCUCUCGGAGACUCCGGAGUGGGCAAGACCACCUUCCUCUACCGCUACACCGACAACAAGUUCAACCCCAAAUUCAUCACCACCGUGGGCAUCGAUUUCAGGGAAAAGAGAGUGGUUUAUACCACAAACAGCCCCAAUGGAACCACAGGGAAGACGUUUAAGGUUCACUUGCAGCUCUGGGACACGGCGGGACAGGAGAGGUUCAGGAGUUUGACCACAGCGUUCUUCAGGGAUGCGAUGGGUUUCCUGCUAAUGUUCGAUCUGACCAGCCAGCAGAGCUUUCUCAAUGUCAGGAACUGGAUGAGUCAGCUCCAGGCAAACGCGUAUUGUGAGAACCCAGAUAUUGUUCUUGUGGGUAAUAAAGCCGAUCUGAAUGACCAGAGAGAAGUCCAGGAGAAACAAGCGAAGGAACUAGCAGACAAAUACGGAAUCCCCUACUUCGAGACGAGUGCGGCGACCGGAGCGGAGGUGGACAAGGCCGUCCUGACGCUGCUGGAUCUGGUGAUGAAGAGGAUGGAGCAGUGUGUGGACAAACCUUCGGCGGACGCACAAAACACCGACGGCAGCAGCAAACUGGACACCGCAGCGGCCGACGGGAAGAAGUGUGCGUGUUAAAGCAGCGACGGCACCCAUCCGGAUCCUCCUGGCCUACUGUAUUACAGAUGUGUGUGGACUGAGUCUGUGAGAGCUGUGGGACUGCCUCGUCAUCUUUAAUAACCCGUCCACAUUUAGCCCAGAUUAUUACUGUCAGGAAAUGCAUCUGAAAUAUUCAUAUAGAGAUAAAAACCUGAUGUGGCCAUAAUCUGGAGUUGGACACUCAUUAUCUAAAUGAAUGUACAUAAAAACUCAGAGAGAGCUGAACGACGUUCAUACACUACCAGACAGAAUUUAGAAUAAUUAAGAGUUUUUAGUGUUUCU